AUGGAUCACACAUACUACACAGAUGCGUUCCUUGAUGCAUCACUUCCAGAUCAUAUACAAAUAGAGCUGACAUCAAAGUCACUGGUGGAUCUGAAGGAUGAAGAGAUGGACGAGAUACCGAUCCCUGCAGAAAGGAAAACAGAGUUCCACAUUGAGUUUGGACUCACAAACAAUAAACCAAAAUAA